AUGGACGAGAUUGAGCCUGAAAUUAGAAAAAAGCUUUGCGGAAAGGAAGAGGGUAUUCGUGGUCGACCUAGAAAACCAAACUCCACAGGCACAGCAGAAGACGAACUACUGAAAACCAUCACUGCAAUUGCUAUUACGGGCUCUGCAUCUGAUGAUCGUCGUCGUACGGAAAUGAUUCGUACUGUCAAGACGCUAGACGACCUAACCGAUGAACUACAGAAACGUGGGUAUCAACUUUCGCGUAGCGCAGUUUAUCUACGUCUUUUACCUCGCAAAUCCUUGAGCAUCGAAGGAAAAAGGCAUGUAAAAACUGCGCCAGUAAGGUUAAUCAGAGCACAGAAUACUCAGCAUAGGAACCAUCCAGACACAAAAUUUGCAAGAUCGUCAAUACAGAGCCUGGAAGAGAUUGCUUCAUUACUUGGCCCCGAAGAAGUUACUUUCCACAGCCAGGUUAUAAUAUUUAGUACAAAAAUACAAUUCUGUUUUAUGGUAACUUUUCUUUGAAAUUAAGCAAAAAAUUUCAUGUUAUACGUUUUCAAAUUCUAUUUUUAAUAGGAUGAUAAAGCUCGUGUCCCCAUAGGUCUAACAGCAGCGAACAAGCAAAGCCCGAUGAUGAUGCAUAUGCAAUAUCGUGUUCAGCUAUCAGAUCACGACUUUGUCGUGGCAAAAUCUCAUAAGCUAAUUCCGUCCGUUAUAGCAGCUAUGAAAGUGAAAGAAAACUGUAUAGGAGAACAGGUAGAUCUAUUCGCCAUCAAGAGAAUUAUUUUUUCAAGUUGCAUUGACCAGUUUAAAAUACAUUAAAUUAUACACAAUUCUAAUUCAAUGAAUUUGUGUUCUUCUUACAUCUCUUAAGGGUGUUACAUAUUCUGGACCAACCUACGUAGGAAUUCGCAGCGCAAAACACACGUCGUCAUCAGCGUAUGCAUAUUUAAAGGAUAUGAACAGAGUAUGUGAGUUGUCAGAAUUUAAGGAAAGUCUUUUUACGAGUGAUGGUAUUAGCAAACCGAUCAUGAUGGUAACUGUAGAUGGUGGCCCAGACGAAAAUCCGAGGUAGUAUAAUUUUGUUUUUGAAGAAUGCAGGUCAAUAAAUGCAGUAACGAAUAAUGAGAUAUUUCUCUUUCCUGUGUUUUAUAGAUACAAGAAAACCAUCAAGUGCUCUAUAAGCUACUUUUUGCAGCAUGAUCUGGAUGCAUUUUACCUAGCUACAAAUGCUCCUGGUCGAAGCGCAUUUAAUCGAGUUGAACGACGCAUGGCCCCUCUUAGCCAUGAUUUGGCUGGAGUAGUUUUACCUCACGAUACCUAUGGAACUCAUCUCAGUGCGAGGAACGAGACGGUUGACAAAGAAUUAGAGGUAAAAAAUUUUGCCAAAGCUGGUGAGACACUGGCUGAAAUUUGGGGCAAGACUGUGAUCGAUGGGUAUGAUAUACUGUUGCUGAGUACAUUUCUCCGGAAUAUGAAACGCCCAUAUUGA